AUGGAAUCAACACCGCCACCACCUCCAUCUACAACUACAACCACUGAACAGACUACUUUAUGGCAAUACUUCUUCCCAGAGGUGAAGAAGGAAAAUGCCAAGGCCACGCAGAACGUGCGUGAAGACUUAAGUAGUUUCCUAUCUAAUUAUUCUAAGACACUUGACGAGCUUUAUCAGGUCAUUGACCAAAAUCCAUGCCGUACCUGGGGUAUAUUCUCAGCUCCAAUCGCUCUCAAGUACCCAUUCCCAACCAACAAGACAAUUGACGAAUUUUUCGAUACUCAUGAUGACGACCUUAUUUAUCCAAUCAAAAUUCUUACCACAUAUAUUGUUUACAUCAACAACUGCGUCGAACGUGGUGAGAAAGAAUUCUAUCGCAAGCUUGCUUUGUUUGGCGAAACAAUCGAUGACAUUCCAUCUGCCAACGAAGUCCUUGACAAUGAAUGUGGUAUUCCUACAGGCGACUUAGAACUCAUGACAUCGGAAUUCCUUCCGACAUUGCAAGAACUUUCCACUUUCCUUUUCGAAUCUAUGUCUGUUGGCAUCAAAUACAUCGAAUACAUCAUCUUCCUCUACUCCUCAGAGAACCCUCUUUUCAAGGACUUCUUCCAGGGAACAGUUCUUUAUACGGCCUUUUCUGGCAUCGGAAAGCUUUUAAGGCUUCUGUUCACUUUGGAGCGCUUAGUCCAGGAGAACGAUGCUCUUCUUGAAGGUUGGGAGCAUCUCCGUCGCAUGACUUUUGUUAUUAAGAACGAAUCACAAAAUUAUAAUACACAAGUUGACGACGUCAACACUGUCGAAACCCGCAUGGGCCAGAUCCAUCGUACAGUCUUUAAUUCGUCUAAUAUGAAUACAUUCCUUGGCAAUCUCGCUCCAUUGGUUGUCAAGCCAAGCGCAAAGGAAUUCGGCAAGAAUCUUGAAAGAUACAUCGAAGAAGAAGCGAAUACUUACAUCAGACUUCAACAAGAAGGCAAAUAUUGCGAUCUUGAAUCCGAUAUUUGCAAUCUCUCUCUCCUCCUCCAUCUCCUUACAAUCUUCGUUCCGAACCCUAAGAAGAAGGUUGUUACAACAGUAUGGAACUCAUACCAGGUCUCUCCUAUCGUCAAACUUUACCAUUUCGUCAAUUUCUCACCACUCAAUUACCUUGCCGAAAACAUUCCAAGACUCAUCUCAACCUACCUCGGAAACGAUGCUCGCCGCGUUGCCAACGGAAAGGUCUCAAAUUACCUCAGCAACCACGAUUCAAAGCUCAGCGAGUCAAUUCUUCAAUGCUUUGCCAAAUUUGCUACAUGGCAGGCCAACUGCCACAAGCAGCUCCAGAGCGGCGUCAACCUCGGCUACUUCGUAAAGAGCACAAUUACGAGAACAAUCGAUCUUCACUACGCUUUCGAGCAAAGCAUCGACCAGAAGAAGAUCGAAUAUCUCGGCUCCCUCAUCGAGCUCCUCAAGGCCAUCCAAAUGACCUUCUUCCUCAAUCAAGCUGGCAUUUCCCACAAUCUUCCACCUCAAGUCGAUGCAAUCAUCAAACAUCUUCACUCCGAUCUCGAGGCUGUUGCUCAAACUCUUCGUAAGAAGUCCUACCGCUCUGUUCGUACUCGUGCAUCAGCAUUAGUCUCUCUUGCUUACCACUGCAUCCACGAAUUCACCGGCGAAUACUCUACAACAUGCCUCCAGAUCAUCUCCGAUCUCUUCGCAUCGAAGCCAUUCUCCGGUCUUGGAUUUACUCAUAAUGAUAUGUUCGGAACAUUACGUUCAUUAGAGCUCUUGGGCCAUUACAACGACCACAUCGACAACGCAUGCGAUACAGCCUGGCUCUUCGACUCUCGUGAGCUUUACGACAUUUUCUUACACGAAUGCCAGAAGAAUCCACGUCGUAUUGUCUUCCUUGCACUUUCAAUCAACGAUAUCGGCGAUCUCUUCAAAGACAACGCUGACUUAUACGGCAAAUGCGAGAAAUACUUUACGAAAUUACUCCGUGACAAGUUUAUCCAGCCAUGCUUGUCCGAUCUCGAGGUAGAGUUGAGAUUCCAUGCUCACCAGCACCUCGCCGUCUCCGAGCGCAAUCCAAUGAAGAAGAAUUAUUCUCAAUUCGACCGUUUCCUCCAGACACCACCAUUCAAGAUCAUGAGCCGCUUCUUCGACAUGCACUACGAGGCCAGCUACUACUUCACACGCGUUUUCUACAACGAAACAACCGUUGCUCCCUCAGUUUGGGAGACAUACACCGAAAUGGCCAACAUUCUCGAGCGUUUGUACGGCGUUUCAGUUGUAGACUGCCACAUUCCAGGCGCAAUGAUGCAACAGGAGAUCGACGUUCUCGAGAUCAUGAGGAACAUCCCUGUUUUCGUUGCAUGCCACAACUACGACUUGAAUUCACAAGUUUUCGUACAAAGAGCAGAAGAUUCCCAUUACAUCGCUAUUGUCGGCAUUCCUCACAUCUUUGCCUCCUACAGAUGCCACGGUAUUGGUAUCAUGAACACAACAGUUGAUUUCACUUACAGAUUCCUCAAGACGAAAUUCAACACAUUCUCAAAGUUCCUGUUCGAUGACAACGUGAAAUCCCAUCUCUUCAACGACAUCACGUGGUUCGAGCAGCACAAAGAGGAAUGCGACGGACAGUUCCCUUACGAACGCGCCGAGAAACUCGUUACGAAGUUCAAGAGACUUUCUCAGAACAACAACAACACUUCUGGAUUGUCCGCACUUGACAAAUUCCGCAUUUUGAUCACAGAGAUUGGAAAUGCACUUGGAUUUGUCAGAAUGGUCAGAAGUGGUGGUACAAGGUACUUGAACAACGCAAUUGGCUUCGUUUACGAUGAAGACAGCGAGCUUUCCUUCAAGGCAUUCUCAGAAGAAGUCCAGUUACCACAGCACACAGUCACUGCUGCAGAGAGAUUGGAUGGAAUUGUUGGAAAACUCAAGGAUUUGUUUGGCGGCGGCCAAUCAUUCUUCAAACUUUUGGUUGAAGUUUUCUCAGGACCAUUCAGAGAUAAGAAGAACAUCCACCUCUCCACGUUCUACGCAAUUCUUCCUGCAUUGACAUUGUCAUACAUCGAAUCAAUCAUGGUUUUGAAGGACAAAGCCCAGAAACAGAACAAAAACGCUUCUUUCUCAGAUGAUGGAUUCCCAAUGGGAAUUGCUUACAUCCUCAAGCUCCUCAACCAGGACGCCCUGUUCGACUCUAUCCACUGGUUCGAGUCCCUCAAGAAACACGCAGAAGAGGAGAGAAACGAGGUUCAAAGGACAUCAAACGGAAAACAAUCAUGGGGAUUCUUCACUGGAGAUAACAAGCAGACACUUAAGUUGGCACUCCAGAUGAUUGACAGAAGAAUGAAGGAAGUAGAUUUACUCGAAACAACAGUUCAUUCUGCUCGUAUUCUCUUUAACUAA